UGUAAGUGCUUCUUCAGUCUGAGAUAGCGUGAAGUUGCGCAAGUAACAGGCACACCGCGAUCCUUGGUGAAUCCCGACUUCUGAUGUUAUUGUUGAAAUUCUAAUCCAAUUGGCAUCCUUAACGCGAGUUCUGGUGUUGAGAAAUGUCAAUUUCUGAGUUUUGACUGGCGAGGUGUACAGCGUUAGUAGCUAGGGCGCGGUGUGCCUGUUAUCUGCGCAACUCUACGCUUUUCGCGUAGAACGAAUCAGAUCGUUGUCGUGGACAAACUCUCGAAUAGUCUUCUGUUAGCUGGCUUUCUUCGCGUGAAGAGAAUAUGCUUCGUCAUUUGAGGCUAUUGACGGUAGAAGACAGAAUGUGUAUACACCAAAUGAUGGUGUACAUUGUGCAUGCGCAAAUAGCGCCCGUUGCUAUGGUGACAACCCAGCGCCCACCAUGACCAUUUUUAUAGACAUUCGCUCUCCGCUAUCUAUGUACGCUUGACUCGAACUCAUUUUGUGAUAGUUAGAUGAGUCUCAUUAAACACCAGCAAGAUGCAAUCGACAUUCAAGUCUCGUAGAUUCCCGGAAAUUUGAUGUUCCCUGGCGAGUUCUCAUAGACGACGCUUCUCGGCCCCGGUACCCUAGACGAUUUAUUGCUUCGCCGCAUGGAACCAACGCGCAGUAUCCACUCAGGUACCUUUGUAGCAAAGGUGCGGGGAAUGUAAGCAUUGAAUGAGAUAGAGCCCGGUAAGCCAAGCAAGCUUGUUGAUGAUAAGCCAGUGAGAUUCAUCGGCGUCAGCUGCAAUGGGCAAUGUUCCCGAACCGUUUGUGCUUGCCACCAUCCCUAAUGAGGAAGGAGAAUAACUAUCUCGACGAUUACAACCUGGUGGCGGCGUCGAAGCUAUCCAGAAAGGUGCGAUGACGCGCGACCAUAAGCUGUGUUCCCACGAGGUACAAAUACCCCCAACUCACGCCAUGUGUGUGACUGGUUGCUCGCACUUGCCUCGUCGCAGAGUACGGUACCUGUCUUUUGCCAAUUGAAGCUUCCGCGAGCAAGAACAAGACAUCAUGGCGCGAUUCUAUGCCACGGCAGCUGCCCUGCUAGCUACGGGAGCUCAUGCCAUCACCCCCAGUGAGAUGCUGAGUGCACCUCGCCGCGGGGUGGCAUCUCCGAACCCGUCUGGAGACCUUGCCGUCUUCUCUUACUCGCAGUACUCAUUCGAGGAAGAGUCCAACGCCCACGCAUGGCACCUGUUGGACCUGAAGACGGGCAAAAUCAGCGACACCGGUAUCAAUGCCAGCGAAGUCAGCGAGAUUGUGUGGGUGCCAGGCUCGGAGACGGGCAUCAUCUAUAUCAACGGUACCAACGAGGAUGCGCCUGGCGGUGUGACGCUUUGGAUGGGCGAUAUCAAGUCGCCAUCAAGCAGCAAAAUGGUCGCGUCGCUAGAUGCGCCUUACUCGGGUCUCAAGGUGGCCAACACCUCCAGCGGUGACUUGCACUUCCUUGUCAACGCCAAAGCUUACGAGAACGGCACUGCGUACAACCCAGAGACUGCUGUCACCCCGAAAAGCACUGCGCGCUUCUACGAAAACAUUUAUGUUCGCCAUUGGGAUACAUGGGUGGACAAACAACGUUAUGCAGUUUUCGCCGGAAGCCUGUCGGCCAAAUCCAAUUACGCUCUUGCCUCAGACGGAAUGCGCAACCUCCUCAAGGGCAUCGAUUUCACCACGACCAGGCCAGAAUCACCUGUUCAGCCAUUCGGCGACCUGGGAGAUUACGACAUCAGUCCCAGUGGCGGCAUAUAUGCUUUUAUCAGCAAGGCUCCUCAGCUCAACAAGGCAAACUUCACAGCUAGCUAUGUCUACACCGGACUUUUCAAUGGAACGGAUGCAGCCAAAGCUAUUAAUGGCCCAGAUAGCGAAGCUGCGAAGGCAGGACACCAGGGUGCGUCCGGAUCGCCUAGGUUCUCACCCGACAGCGAAACACUCGUGUUCACACAACAGGACCAGGACUACUAUGAGUCAGAUCGGGUCCAGCUUUACGCAGUGGAUUUCGCGGAGGCUGAGGGCGACGCUGUCUCGGUGACGAACUGGCGCGCACUCACACCAAACUUCGAUCGCUGGGUGUCGACACCUCACUGGGCUCCGGACGGCAAGUCUGUCUUCAUCACCGCCGAGGAUCGUGCCCUUGUCCGUGUCUUCAACAUCCCUCUCGAAUCCAGCGCGGACUAUCAGCCAACUAGCCUAUCCCCAAACACGUCUUACGUGUCCGACUUCGCCGUCCUUCCCGACUCAACCCUCCUAGUCUCGGGUAACUGCAUCUGGUCAUCGCGAGAUUACUACACGCUCUCCUCGUCAGGAGAGACUGGGGAACUCUUCUCGUCCACCAAGGUCGACCCUGAACUUGCUGGCUUGGGCCCUCACACCUUCUCCGAAAUCUACUUUGACUCUGUUCUUCCUGGCUAUGACGAGCAAAUCCACGCAGUAGUCAUCAAGCCAAGCAACUACACUGCCAACACAACUUACCCUCUCGCUUACAUUGUACACGGAGGCCCUCAAGGCUCAAACGCAAACUCGUGGUCUACGCGAUGGAACUGGCAAGUCUGGGCUGACCAAGGCUAUAUCGUCGUGGGACCCAACCCCACAGGCAGUACGGGGUUCGGCCAGAAACUCACUGACGGCAUCCAAGGCGAGUGGGGCGGCUACCCCUACGACGAGGUGGUCAACGGCUGGCAGUACGUCCACGACAACCUCAAAGACGUCAAUACCGACCAGGGAAUCAUGGCCGGGGCGUCAUAUGGGGGCUACAUGAGCAAUUGGAUUCAGGGCCACGACCUCGGUCGCAAGUUCAAAGCCAUCGUCACCCACGACGGUAUUUCCCAGACUCAAGCUGCCUACUCCACCGAAGAACUCUGGUUCAUCCGCCACGACUACGACGGCUCGAUCCUCGAACCAUCCGCCACAUACGAUAAAUGGAACCCGUUCAACCACAUUGCCAACUUCAGCACCCCGCAGUUCGUCAUCCACAACACCCUCGACUACAGACUCCCCGAAAGCGACGGCAUUGGUCUGUUCAACGUCUUGCAGAGCAAAGGCGUUCCGUCGCGGUUCUUGAACUUCCCCGAUGAGAACCAUUGGGUGUUGAAGCAGGAGAACAGUUUGGUGUGGCAUACGGAGAUUUUCAACUGGAUCAAUCAUUACUCAAAGGGUUUGCCUUUGGACAGUGAGCCGAUUGGUCAGUAG